UAUUACAGGCGCAGAUGGUUGUAGUGAGGGGGGCAGGGUGAGGGCCACGCAUGGCGACCGUCGGCAGCCAGCACGCUGGGACGUGAGGCCACUACGUUAUCGUGGCGACCACCACACCAUCGCCUCCCUAGACGCCAGCUCUUCCUGCUGUGCAGGCGGUCACCCUGCUUCAUUACUACCAGCUUACCCAGUGACACUCCACGUCUAGGGUGAUCCACACUGUAGGGUUAACGCGUGAGUCAUACUGUCUUUGUAGACCCUCCCCUCCCCCCUCCUCCAUAACACCUCCCCAGUAAACGGGGGCGUCGCCCCUCAGUCAGGCGUGCGGUGGCAGCUCGGACGGUGCCACGGUAUCUGCUCCGUCCCGCUGCUGUUUCCUGUGUCAUCUCCAGUCGUGGUGCCUCGUGUCCUGGCUCUUUGAGUGCCAGGUGUCGUACUUGCGAGACACAGGUCGGCCUGUCAGGUGUGACUGAGGGGCACCAACUUGGGCUAGACAUACAAGCCUAAACUGCCCUAUUAGUGCCCCUGCCUCGCCCUUGCUGGCUCCAAACACUUGGGGCCAUCUUAGGGACGUCCAGUGCUAGUGACUUAGGUUAGGUUAUGGUAGAUAGUCUGGCCCCUCAGUGGGUGGUCAGUAGUGGGUGAGGGGGACCCUGAGGUUGAGCAGUGCCCCAGGAGAGAAGAGGGCCAAGUAACACCAGAGUGUGAGGAUGGUUACCUGCAGGGCGUGUGAGGUGAAAGUGCUCGAGUGGCCAGGCUGCUGGACUCAACCAUCAUUGAUUGUGUGUAUGUGGUUAUUGGUGGCUUGAUCAAUACACACCCAUCACUACUAUCUGCAGCUGGCUGCUUCCUUAAGCUUACUGCCACUGGGCACGCCGCUGGGGUCCCUGGCAGGCUAGUGGGCUGCCCUUCCUGCCUGCCACCUACCGUAUCCCCCGUCAAUCAAGACAACUUAAACGCCUAUCUCGAGUUACAAGUCCCAUAUUCCAAGAACUUGAUGCCGAUGACCUGGGUCAGCCCACAACGCCACUAUGUCCAAGGCAAUUAACUCCUACCGAAUCUGCAAUGUCCCCUACUCCACCGUCCCAGUUUGCACAGCAGGUGAAUGCUGGUUAUGAAAUUCCUGCUCGUCUGCGAACUUUGCACAACUUGGUGAUCCAGUAUGCCUCCCAGGGCAGGUAUGAAGUGGCUGUUCCCUUGUGUAAGCAGGCUCUUGAAGAUCUGGAAAAAACCUCUGGUCAUGAUCAUCCUGAUGUGGCCACCAUGCUCAAUAUUUUGGCUCUUGUCUAUAGGGACCAGAACAAAUAUAAGGAGGCUGCCAACCUCUUGAAUGAUGCGCUCGCAAUUCGGGAGAAGACGCUAGGUGAAAAUCAUCCUGCAGUUGCUGCCACACUCAACAACUUAGCGGUCUUGUAUGGUAAAAGAGGCAAGUACAAGGAGGCAGAACCACUAUGCAAACGGGCUUUGGAAAUACGAGAAAAAGUGUUGGGUCGUGACCAUCCUGAUGUGGCAAAGCAACUCAAUAAUUUGGCCUUACUCUGUCAAAAUCAGAUCUCUCAAGAGGAGCGUAGAGGGGUGCCUAAGGAGGAGCUUCUCGGCAAGUAUGAGGAGGUGGAGCGAUAUUAUCAACGUGCUUUAGAAAUUUACGAAACUAAGUUAGGGCCAGAUGAUCCCAAUGUUGCCAAGACCAAGAAUAAUUUAGCAUCUGCAUAUCUGAAACAAGGCAAAUAUAAGGAGGCUGAAAUUUUAUACAAGCAGGUGCUAACCAGGGCGCAUGAACGAGAGUUUGGGGCCAUCGAUGGUGAUAACAAACCCAUCUGGCAAGUAGCUGAAGAACGGGAAGAAAACAAGAAUAAGGUGAAGGACUCUGCUCCAUAUGGGGAGUAUGGUGGCUGGCAUAAAGCAGCAAAGGUGGACUCCCCAACUGUCACUACUACAUUGAAGAAUUUAGGAGCGCUAUACCGCCGCCAGGGCAAAUAUGAGGCCGCAGAAACCCUUGAAGAUUGCGCCAUUCGGUCACGUAAGGAGGCCGUCAAUCUGGUCAAGGAUGGGAUGACACCAGAAAGCAGCCGACGACUCUCUGCUUCAAGGGACAGACUCCGAAGGGGGUCACGAGAGUCUCUUAACUCCGCUGAGUUUGAUGCCAACGAUGAUUAUGAGUAUGGUCGUCUUCGGAGAUCCAGUUCAUUCUCCAAGUUGCGAGCUUCAAUACGACGAUCUAGUGCCAAGCUGGUGCAUAAACUACGAGGACGAUUAGAUGUUGAUGGCGAAGACACAGACUUAAGAAUGAAGCGGGCAAGUUCAAUGUCCGUUCUUAGUGGAGAAGAAAAGUUUAAAGAGAUUCCUCUAGCUCUUCGUGGUCGAGCAGUCAGCUCUGAACACCUAUCCUGACCAGCUGCUUCUGCCUUGCCCAGCCUGUGGUAGAGACUACCGCAAUGCUUGCUGUUUCUUCUGCCUUUUCUCCAUGAUCACUGAUAGUGAACCCUAUUCUAAGAAUACCCUGAGGUGUGCUUGUCAUAAUAAUGUUAAAACUGUUGCUGUGAUUUAGCACUAUCUAUAUUACCAUUUGCCAUCCACAAAACAGCUUAUAUUUGUAAUACAGCUCAAGUUCUCAACCAAUAAAUUUUAGAUCUAGGUUGUCAUUUGGAGGAAAGUGAUUGUUUGCAAUAUAGGUGACUGCUUGUCAGUUACUAGCCAGCUAACUGCAGCUUCUUGCAUCUAGGUACACAAAUAAGCAAAUUAAAACACCUGAAAUCUUUAAGUAAUUCAAUGAUGUGAAAAUGAAGAGGCUUAACAUGGGUAUGUUGUACAGAGCCACAGUAGCUUUAGCUCAAGAAGUGUUUUCCUGCGUUAGGCAGCUGUAUGAAUUGUAUUUUUAAUUAUUUUGAGAUUACGUUUUUGUUUACUUUAUUGAAUUUUAGAAUAGAUAAUUUUGAAUGAGUAGGCCUAAUACUGUACACAGUGUGUUUAAAAUGUGAGCAUGAUUAACAAGUAUAGUGUCCUUUUGCCAGUUUAAUGGAAGACAAUAUGCAGCUUGUAUGCUUCAUAUUGAAAGUUGCAUAUAUUUUUUGUUUUAGUUCAUUACGUAUUCCUAAAAGUAAGAUACGAGUAACUUUACCAACGAGUCGUGAUAAGGAGUACAACCUAACAAUUUAUAGGUGAAUUAACAAUAACAAAAGCAAGAAGAGACAGGCAUUAUAAUGGGAAAAAAUAAGUUUCAUACCAUCAUUAAUAUUUAAUGACUGGAACAAGUGAUUGACGAUCAAGACUAGAUUUAAUAUAAAUCAGUUAAACAUGCUAUUACCAACAAACUCUCUUCCUUGGCAUCUAUUUCUUAACUCCAAGAUGAUAUGGGUAUGAUACAACUAAUAAAUACAGAUACACAAACCCCUCAUUCUAUAGAACAUAGUGAGGCUUCACAUAUAUAUGCUUAUACUUCUCCCAUAUAUUGUAGAUAUUCAGUAAUUUAGUGUUGAGGUAUUAUGGCUGUAUGCUAUCAGUGAUAGUGGGGGAUUGUGGGUAAUUUGAAUCUUGACACUUUAUUUUGCAGUACUGUACCUAAUGGCAGCAGCAGCAGCAGUGUGGUAGGUUUGUCGAGAACAGGUUGUAAACAUCACAAGGUUCUUUAACGUUAAAAAUAGCAAUAGCAACUGCUAAGUUCUCUCCCAUGGUGGUAAGUGGCAGCCUGGUCUUCCAGUGUUAACAAGGACAGACUUUUUGAGGCAGACUUUAAAUUGUGAGAGAGACAUGUAUGGGUUAGGUAACCAAAACAUAGGUUGUUACGAUCAUAUCUGCAGUUAAUUUUGGAAAGUGUAGAAUAGAAUGCGAGUCUUGUUUUGUAGUGAGAACACUGACACUACAAUGUUUGGAUGUCUAAGCUGCAUUUGAAACCAAUUAACUGGUAUAGUGUAGUUACCAGGAACAUUAACUACAUAUUGUGCUAUUGUAUGCAUAUAGUUUUCAAAGCCUCAUAUUAGCAUGUUUCAGGAGCAUUCAUCUUGAACCCUGGCAGUAAUUUUGUCCAACAUUUUAUCAGAAUUAUAUUGCAGUUCUAGUUUUGAUUUCUUGCACAUGUAUAGCCACAAAAUGGUCAAGAAAUUCCAUUUUGUAAUUUAUUGAACUCAUAGCUAUUAUCCUUUGAGUGAGAAGUAUGCAUGUGAAAAAAAAGAAUUUAUAUUUAAUAUCAGCCUUGUGAUUCAGUGUUACUGUACUGGAAGAGCCAAAAUGUUACUGUAACUUUCAAAUUGCCAUUGUGCUGCUAAUGACCAAGAAAAUGAUAUUGCAUUCCAGGAUGAUCUUGAUAGAUAUCUAGUCUUUUAUUUAUGUAAUAUUUAUGUAUCUGUUUCAAGUUGGUUAGUUUGACAGUCAUGUCAUGUAUUGUUAGCUGAUCAGAAUUAAUAUAUUCUGUAAAUUUUUGUAAAGUUAUGCUAUGUAAUAAAGGUAAUUAUUUUAAUUUUUUUGUAUAAAAAUAAAUGCUAAACUAAAUUUGUAAAGUUAUCUUUAGGCUAUUUAUUGUUAUGGAAAAAAGCUUUGUGAAACAUUAAGGACUAUGCAUUAUAACUACCUGUGGUAAACUGACGCAUGUCCUCUAACAGCUGGACCACACGUUUCUCUUGAAGCUCUGGCUUUAGCAAAUCUGGUAUAUGUCGUUACCUGGAAAUAAGAUUGUUUCAAAAGACUAUUGUAACAAAUAUUAAUUUCCUGGGACAAUAAGAGCCUUUACAAAGCUCGGUAUAAAAAUCGUGCUAUGCUGUCGGUAUCCCUAAUUGGCCAUGUUGUGCACACGUGGUUGUGGUACGAGAAUCUUCAGUCUCUUGCAUCUGACACAGAAGCUGUAAAGGUUCCACCAUCUCGGCUGUCUGAAUGUUCACAACUUCAAUUUUUGUUAGCUUCAUGUCUGCUUUUGUCUGUGCAUUCCCACAGUGACACAGCAACCAAUGUAGAAAAGUUAUCAAUAAACAACUUGAUGGCUUAA